UGUAAGCAUGUAAUCUAGCGGAGAUACUCUGCAGGGUAGGAAGAAGAACGAGACGUCUAUAAUCUCUAUUUUGUUAAAUUCUUUAUUGUCCACCUCUGUUUUCUAGUGAUGGGAACUGGAUUUUCCCUUUAGCAAGAGAUCUCAUUUUCCAAUUUUGCUUUCUUGAAUCUUGGUAUCUAUUUCUAGGCCUCUGCACCGUCGUCCAUAUUGUCAGCUUUUCCUUUUCCCUUUCUUGUCUGUGAUCCUUUUUUCUUCGUUGGAUUCUUUCCUUCCAUUUUCUUCAUUAAUGGAGGAAGUAAAAGCAGGGCCUUCUGGUUCGUUGGUAUCAAGAAAUAUGAGUCUCGAGAGAAGAUUAUCAGAUAUCUCGUUCUGUGAUACUGAUGAUGAUUGUGGAGAAAAUGAUACCAACGUGAACGAUGAUGGGUUUGUUCCCAGUCCUCUGGUUCCCCUCAAGGAACACUUGGAACGUGACAGGGAUGAUGAGAGUCUGAGGAAGUGGAAAGAAAAGCUGCUUGGAUGUGUUGAUGAUAAUGAAAAUGGCCAGCUAGAACCUGAAGUUACCUUCCUGUCCUUGGGAAUUGUUUCUGAAAAUUACCCAGAAUUCACUGCAACCUUACCCAUUGAUAAAAAACAUGGAGAUGCUCUUUUUACUCUGAAAGAAGGAUUAGAUUAUCGCCUCAAGAUGACAUUCAGAGUUAAGCAUAAUAUUGUCUCGGGCUUGUCAUACUCCAAUACUGUGUGGAAGGGUGGACUCCAAGUCGACCAAAGCAAAGGCAUGCUGGGUACAUUUGCUCCACAACAGGAGCCUUACAUUCACAUGUUGGAGGAGGAAACAACUCCAUCCGGAGCUAUGGCUCGAGGCACAUACAUGGCUAAGCUUAAGUUUGAGGAUGAUGACAAAAGAUGUCACUUGGAGCUUACUUAUGUUUUUGAGAUUAAGAAACGCUCCUAGAAGUACAACUCACGAAGUAGCCAUGUAUUCCGUUCUAUCCCAUAACAGCGCUGCAGAAAUAUUGCAGAUGUCAUACAUUAUUUGGUAAGUUAAGGAUUGUAUAUGAGUUGGCUGUUUUUCUGUACAUGUGCUUUUCUAAUUCAUUUUUCCAUGAAAUCUUUUUAUUGUUCAUGACA